ACUCAGCUUACUUUUCCAGGGCAUGGUACAGCCAGGGUAGGCCUCUGCAACCUGUUGAUCUUAAGCUGCACCAGGGGAGGUUCAGGUUGGACAUCAAGAAGAGUUUCUUCACAAAAAGGAUCACAGGUCUCAGAAAAACAUCAACUCCCUCCCUCUGCAUUUUCACACCAUAGGCAGAUGUGGGAAGAGUGGUGUCUAAUUUCACUGUUGGUAUAUUGGACAACUGUUGAUUUGAAAGCUGCUUUUAGGAUGUCUGAAGAUGAGGAAAAAGUUAAACUCCGCCGAAUCGAACCUGCAAUUCAGAAAUUCAUUAAAGUGGCAAUUCCAACAGAUUUGGAGAGGUUAAGAAAGCACCAAAUAAAUAUUGAGAAGUAUCAGAGAUGCAGGCUGUGGGACAGAUUGCACGAAGAGCACAUCAACGCAGGACGAACGGUUCAGCAACUCCGUGCCAAUAUGAGAGAGAUGGAGAAACUCUGUUUGCGCGUACGGCAGGAAGAUAUCCCAGUUCUGCAGAGAAUGAUAAAUCCCAUUAAAGAGGAAGCUUCAACUGCCAUUAAAGACUUCCUGCAGCUGCAUUCUGAAUCUGCAGAAGAACUUAAAAAGCAACUUAAAGGACAGGAGGAUGCCUCUUUAACCAGAUCUGCAACUCUAGGACAAGAAACUUUAUAUAACACGGAAGUGAAGGAUGGCUCCCAAAGUUUAAUCCAGAUCUCCUCCUCCUGCCUUCCGGAAAUACCUCAGGAAGAAAAUGCAGCUGAGUCCUGGGAAAGUUUAGAAGGGGACUUGAUUGAGCUCAACCAGUUGGUGACUGAGUUUUCUCUCUUAGUCUGUUCCCAGCAGGAGAAGAUUGACAGGAUUGAAGACCAUGUCAACAGUGCUGCUGCGAAUGUUGAAGAGGGAACCAAAAACUUGGGGAAGGCUGCAAAAUACAAGUUGGCAGCUCUGCCUGUGGCAGGUGCAGUCAUUGGUGGAGUGGUGGGGGGUCCUAUUGGUCUCCUUGCAGGCUUCAAAGUAGCCGGAGUUGCAGCUGCACUUGGUGGUGGGAUUUUGGGCUUCACAGGUGGAAAAUUGAUACAAAGAAAAAAGCAAAAAAUGAUUGAACAGGUCUCUUCCAGCUGUCCAGAGCUUUCUCACCAAAGUGCCAAAAAAUCCAGCUGAAGUAUAGAUUCAUUAUGGCCAGGAACAACAGUGUAGUAGCCGAGCUAAUGACAGACUUGCAGCCUUAUGCUUUAUAUACAAGGCUGAGUUGUGAAUUUUGAUGACAGUUCUGUUCCUUGGGAGGGCUGAAACAGUUGUGUCCGAAUUUCUCUUUGCAGACAUGGUGACAUCAGUCCUUUGAAAAUUAUAUGGGUAACUUUUAAUUAGGUAAUUCUUAGGUAAGCUAUAUUCACAGAUGUAAUAAUGGGUGACAGGUGCUUCAUGCCAAAUUUGCACAAAGUUUCUUGCAGACAAUGCAAAGAGAUACUUGGAAAAUCCUAGUGCUUUCCCAUGAAUGCCAUAAGAAGCUGGAGCUUUUAUUGUAGUGCUCCAAAGAAAAGGAAAUAAAUGCCAUCAUUCUUUCAUGCUCAUAGUAUUCUAAAUUUAAUUUACCUGGAUUCCCAAACUCUUCCUGUGAUUCCCCAGGAUAUGACUGACUAUACCUGUUUAAUAAUGCACAGGGAAGCAUAUGCUGUCGUAAGAAAAGGUGCCAAUGUUGGGUGAGCAAAGUGGAAAAAAGUUAUGUAUAUAUCACAUCUGCCUCCAUCAGCCAUAUCAGAUCAGCACUGGAAGCAGCUUCUCCCUUGGCUUGUCCUGAGAACACCAUACAGGAUGAAGAGCCAAGCUCUGGCAUUCUGAACUUGAAGCCUCACAUUGCUGGAGCAGCACUUACUGCAAUAUGUUGCCGUUGCUUCUCACGGAGCUCAGAGGGCCCUGGUGGGAGAGCUGAACAGCUUCCCUGGAAGGCAGUGCUGCAGCCAGGCCCACUCCCUCCUCAGGGGUGGUGUGAGGCCCCAGGUCAGCCAGAGAAGCAGGGAGGUCCCUUCAUGCUGGCAGUGCCAGCUGGCAGCCCCAGAGGUAGGGACAGGGUUGAAAAUGUCAACCUCAUAGAGCUUACAGCGUAAACCACCCUUGUUUGGGCAGCUGCACUCUUGCAUUACUCUCCAGUGCCAAACCUUCUGCUUCCACCCACACUGCAGUGUAGCUGCUCAGCCUCUUCAAGAUUUUGGGACUUGCUGUGCAGCCUUUAUGGGA